UGCUCCAAAUAGACCUGACAGCCACCGGAGCUCCGUCGGAGGAGGUUUGGGAUGGAGCCCGUAAGCCAGCACGGCCUUCCUCGCCUCUCCUGGAUCGACACCCUCUACGGCAACUUCAAUUACCCCCCGGAGGAUUAUGAUGUGGAGGGCAACGAGGAGAUCAGAGUUCGGCCCGGCAGCUCGGAGACCAUGCCCUACAUCGACGAAUCCCCCACCAUGUCCCCCCAACUGGGCGCCCGCAAUCCGGAUGGCGGCAACGACGGAGGGACGUCGGAAAGCAUUUCUCCCAUCCCUGCCGAUGGACUAGGCCCCGUGGAGGAACACGAUGCCGGGAAAGGCGUGGAGAUGCGUAAGUUGGUGCUGAAGGACUUCCUGGCCAGCGAGGAAAUGUACAUUAACCAGCUGGAGGCGCUGUUGUUGCCGAUCAAGCCCCUGAGGGCCACGGCGACCACCUCCCAGCCCGUCCUCACGAUCCAGCAGAUCGAAACCAUCUUCUACAAGAUCCAGGAUCUUUACGAGAUCCACAAGGAAAUGUACGACAACCUCUGGCCACAUCUGCAGAACUGGGACAGCGAGGUGGUCCUGGGACAUCUCUUCCAGAAGCUGGCUACACAACUGGGGGUGUACAAGGCUUUUGUGGACAACUAUAAAAUUGCACUAGAGACCGCCGAAAAAUGCAGCCAGGCUAACAGCCAGUUCCAGAAAAUAUCAGAGGAGCUGAAAGUCAAAGGGACUCACAGUUUUGUCACCAUGGAAGGUAAACAGCUUCUGAUCUCCUCUUUGGGGGUUGGGUGGGAGGUGGGGAAGGGGGUGUGUUUUGGGGUGUCAGGUGGGGUCUCCCCAUCCUUUGUCUGCCUCUCCUUGCCUGCUCUUUUGGGGUGCCCGCAAUGAACGAGAGUGCUGGUUGCAAUGAGACAGAGAAAGGGAGAGAGAGAGAAUGAGAAUGAGAGAAAGAAAGAAAGAAAGAAAGAAAGAGAGG